UCUUGCUCUACUCUCUCCUCUUCCUCCUCCCGAGCUCCUCUCCGUUCCCCCUCUCCUCUCUUCUCCUCCUCCCCUCCUCUCUCUAACCAUCCUAAAGAGGACCAGCGCUGUGUGUUGCCUUUGUCUUGUGUGGUUGUGACGGUGGAUAUGAACACCAUUGCAGUGAUUUCUCCUGGCCUGGGGAGUGGUGGUUACCCUCUGCUCUCCCUGCCCCCUGCCCAGUUGGAUCGUGUUGUUUUGUGAUCGGUUCCUUGCUCCCUUAAUGUGUCGAGGAUUGUUCUCAGCCUAAUUUCUGUGUCUCUCUGGAUAAAAGUCUAGUCUGCUGAAUGACUCCAUGUGAGGUCAUGUAAACCGACAUGAUAUCCACAAAUUACAAUAGUUCAGAGAACAGCAAGUUAAAAACAUAGAAAUAACUCCAUUUGUACAUUUGAAAUGUAUAUCCCAAUACACAUAUAUCCACAUAUACACCACACUUUGACCGUGCUAAAAAUAAAUCAAUGGGAAAUACUGUGUGUCCCUUUAGUGUUUGCACUGAGCUAGCUUAGAGGACGGCUGUACCGCGGGUAUCUACAUACUUCCUGUAGACCAUGGCGUGUGGCCCAGCAGCUAUCUAUAGCCCCAGUCUAUUUCCAGACCCCGGGUGCAUGCAGCCCUGCACACCUUCUCUAAUCCUUAUUUACCUCUGAAAUCAGAAGUAAAAAACCGCAGCCAUGACGGCUGUCCACUGUCACACACUCAACGUGGGAUCCUAAUCGUUCUCGCGCGGAUUCGACGUUCACAGGUCAUGGAGGCCCGUGGAAGCCUGGGCCUCGCCGGAUUCCCUCCUGCCCAGGACGGUGGCCCUGCCCCGGGGGACGGCGACGACCAGCCAGCGGGCUCCCUGAGGGUGAGGGUGGAGGACUGCUGGAUCGCGGCCGACCGGGCCCUGCUGGCCAGGCACAGCGACUACUUCGCGGCGCUCUUCCACUCGGAGAUGGCCGACAGCCGGCGAGACGAGCUGCACGUCCGGGGCGGCCUGAGCGCUCGGGGUUUCCUGAUCAUGCUGGCGGUGUGCAGGGGCGAGGCGGUGACCCUGAGCGACCCGGGAGAGCUGUGGGACGCCGUGGAGUGCGCGGCGUUCCUCCAGGCGGAGGCGCUGACGCGGCACCUCUGCGACGUGGUGGACUCGGCCAACUGCCUGGCCCUGUACAGCGCGGCCCGCGUCUUCGGCGUGCACGAGCUCUACCACGCCGCCGCGCUCUUCCUGUGCGACGCCCGCGAGGACCUCUGGGAGGACGCCCUGGGCAGCGGCCUGCCGGAGGAGCUGCUGGAGUACUCGCGCUCCCUGUCCCCGGCCAGCUUCGUGGCCCUGGGGACGCACACGCCGACCACGGAGAGCCUGAGCGGCGCCUUCCGCGUGGUCCUGCACCUGGACGAGGAGGGGGAGGGCGGGUGGCGGCACCUGACCCACCUGCCCGCCCUCUGCUCCACCUCGCUGGCCGGCGUGGCCGUCCUCCACAACCGCCUCUACAUCGUGGGCGGGGUCCGCGGCUACGGCAAGGAGACGGUGGACGGGGGCCACUGCUACGACCCGGAGGCCGACGCCUGGAGCCCCGUCCCGGGGCCCGCCCAGCCCCGGUGUGACUUCACCCUGAUGGGCCACGAGGGCCGGCUCUACGCCGUGGGCGGGAUGCACCGAGGGACAACCAGCGCUUCGGCGGAGGCCUUCGACGUCGCCACGGCGACGUGGAGCCCCAUCCGCGACGCGCCCCGGCCCGUGGCGUCGGCCGCCUGCGCCGUCGCCCGCCGCAGGAUGUUCGUGUGCUUCUGGCGCCCGCCCGACACCACGGAGAUCUACGAGUACGCGGCGGCGGGCGACGCCUGGACGCCGCUCACCGUGCUGCGGCGCGCGCAGAGCUACGGCCACUGCAUGGCGGCGCACGCCGGCGCCCUGUACGUGAUGCGCAACGGCCCCGGGGACGACUUCCUGCGCUGCCUGAUGGAGCGCUACGACCUGGCCACGGGCCAGUGGAGCUCCCUGCCGGGGGUCUACGUCAACAGCAAGGGGGCGCUGUUCACCGCGCGCGUCCGCGGGGACUCGGCCUUCACCGUCAAACACCUGCUGACGCUGGUGUACCGCGUGACGCCGGAGGGCCGCUGGACCCCCCGCAGGCAGAUGAGGGGCUACCCAGAGAGCGGCUCGCUGCUCACGGGCUUACUGAGGCUGCCCCGCCGGAGGAGAGGAGGGUUCACAUAA